AUGGCCAAAACUCGUUCAGAAGAGAAGACUUGGCAUUUAGGAUACAAGACAUUCAUGGACUUGACUGGGCCAAGCAGAACAGCGACCUGUCUUCGCUCCAAGAAGACUACCAGAAACAAUUCUGGGUGCGGCGGGUGCAAUAUUGGCCUAGAACUACCCAAGGACAACAAAGGCAACAACCUUGAGUUCGUGAGGUAUCUCGCCAAUUUCGUGGUUGUCAUCGGCGAGUUGAUAUUGGAGGCCACUGGUUUGGUCCGAUUCUGCCUCUAUGUGUUUGACGCUGGAUUCCAAAGACGAGUUGAAGUGGAACGGCCUGUGCCAGACGUAUUGGUCAUUUCGAAGGUAGCAAAAAGGAUGUCCUCGGAGGUAAGACUAUGCAUGGAGAAUCCAGCAAACCAAGCAGAAGAUGUUUUGGGGAUGAAGACCAUCAAGCGUGGAGAAUUCUACAGCAAGUCCAGGGUAAAAGACGAGCCGUCCGCGUCUGUUGAGCUGUCUCUCACCAAAGAUGACCCGACAUCAACAGUAUCCUCCUCUCAGAGGCGCCAAAAUAAGCCUCACGAUAGUGUCACCGGCCUUGAGGAUGAUCAGGAAAGAAAGCAAAGAAGAGAAAGAGGAGGGUGA